AUGUCCGCCGCUGAGCACGCAACCAUCACAGGAGUCUUUGGUUCUGCCAUCAGUAUACAAUGGUGUAUUUUCCAUGUCAGCAAAGCCUGGAUAGAUCAAAUUCGCAAGAAAGUCAAGUUAAGAAGCGCUUCUGACAACAAUGUUGUCCAUAGAAACGCUAUAGCAGUCCUUAAGAGUUUGAUGUGGGAAAGUUCAACCCAAAUGCUCACCCAGGAGCUGCUACACUUCCAACAGGAGUUUUCAAUGCACACGGAUUUCAUGGCUCACUUUACCCAAAAAUCUUUUCUCUCCUGUGGUGGAGGUGUGAUCAUUUCUAAAGGUCUGAACAUUCUUGUCGUAGAACAAUGUCUGCUUAUGACUGGCACUGAGAUAAACGACUGUAAUCAUGAUAAGUCAAAUUAA